GGAAUUCUCUUGCGGUUCUCACAUGUCACGGCACAUUUUGUGAAUCUUUAUUUCUCAUCCGGGACAUUGUUCCCGUUUCACGGUGGUCCGGUCGAGGCGGAAGCCGGAAGUUCGGGCGGUGGUUGAACGCGGCUGGAAACCGUCGAGCUCAGUUCUUCGCUUGUAGGUAAAACCAAACAGAGCCGAAAUGUCGAGCAAAUGUCGCACCAAGGGAAAGAUCACCAAGAAACGCCCUCAGCGGGCGACCUCCAAUGUCUUCGCUAUGUUCGAUCAGUCGCAGAUUCAGGAGUUUAAGGAAGCGUUCAACAUGAUCGACCAGAACCGCGACGGCUUCAUCGAUAAGGAGGAUCUCCACGACAUGCUUGCCUCUCUUGGGAAGAACCCAACAGAUGAUUAUUUGGAGGCAAUGAUGACAGAAGCUCCCGGGCCCAUAAACUUCACAAUGUUUCUGACGAUGUUUGGAGAGAAGCUCAACGGCACAGACCCAGAGGAAGUCAUUCGUAAUGCGUUUGCCUGCUUCGACGAGGAAGGAACAGGCUUCGUUCCGGAGGACUAUCUGAGGGAGCUGCUGACCACUAUGGGUGACCGAUUCACAGACGAAGAGGUCGACGAGCUCUUCAGAGAAGCGCCGAUCGAUAAAAAGAGCAACUUCAACUAUGUGGAGUUCACCCGUAUUCUUAAACACGGAGCCAAAGACAAAGACGAUUAGACAAAUGUCCUUUAAAAAAAAAAAAAAAAAACCUUUAGGCGAGAGAAAUCAGUGCUGUCCGUUCACCUGGAUCCCCAUGAGAAUGCAACUUUAGCUUUAAUAUACUGUAUGUGCGUAUGAAAUUACGUGUUUACUUUAACUUCACUGGAAUAAGACAUCAUGUUUUGAAUGGGUUAUGAUACAGAAUCAGAAAGUCACUCGUGGUAAGAGCUGUUAAAAUGCAAGAUUGAACCAUGCACUUUUUUUUUUUUUGAGGUGUGUGUGCCAGUGUUUUACUGGAACAAACUCCUCUAGAUUUCAUAACACCUCACUGUUAACUGGUAAAAGUGUUUUAUUAGUACAGGGCUCAUGGAUCAUGUUUUCAUAUUCUGAGCAUGUCUGAGGUUUUUAUAAUAGAUAGUCGUAAGUAGUUUCAGACCUCAAAGACGAAUCUCAUUUCUUUGUUGACUCAGACGGUAAAAAAUGUGAACGUGUUGAUAUAUUUAGAUGCAUUUGAUCUCAUUUGAUUUCGUUGCCUAAUUUUUACAUUAUAUAAUAUUAAAUAUUUUAAAUAAAUCUCUCUUGUUAAAACA